UCUUGAGGCGUGGCUUUCGGCUUUCAUAAUUCAUUACACUUUUAUUUUCUCUCUCUCUCUUUCUCUGGAAGCCACCAAGAUUAACCCAUCGAUAAAAAUGUAUGCUUUCUUCUUUCCCAAACAGUUGUUCUUUUUUCCCAAUGUCUCUUUGUUUCUUUCACAUAAUUAAUCAUGGUUGCCGCUGCCAUUAAUCUCUGUCUUUCACUACUUGUUCCCAGCUUUUGACCCCCAUACUCUUCGAACCAGACAAUAAAGUCCAAACACCAUUAUUCAAUUCCCACUGUUUUGUUCUUUGUCUUGUUCUUCACCCAAAUAUAAUGCAUCAAAUCAGGAGAGAAAACCCAUCGUUCUCUUCGUCUCUUCUCGACGCUAUUUAUCGUUCCAUCGAUGAACCGAACGGUAUCAAUCGGGACGAAGAGCUGAUUUUUCACAGAGACAAGGCCGUCAUGAGGAAGAAGAAGCAAAACAGUACUUCACUGAAACAAGAAGAAUUGAAUAACAGCGUUCGACGUGCUUGCAUGAUCGACAAAUGGAUGCAAAAGAAACAAGUUAUUAGCAGCACCGGCGGUGAAAUUAAGGUAUUUGGGAUUGAUCCGAUGUUUUUGAAUUCGAACUCCACGUCCUCCGAUUCGAGCUGCGUCGGCGGGUUUUCGUCGUCCGAGUCGGACUCAUUUUACAGUGCGAAAACAAGGUCAUUGUCGCAGUCGUCGACGACGUCUCAUUGCCACAGGUCGAAACCUAAACCGAUUAAAACCAGUAUUUUUCCACUGCCUAAACCGGAAGUGCUCGGAAAAAAUGUUCAUGGCGGUGUUUCAACGCCAAAGGCGGUCAAGCAUGAAGGUGGUGGGUUCAUAAAAACAAAAUCCAAGGCCAUGAAGAUUUACAAUGACCUGAAAAAGGUUAAACAACCGAUAUCUCCAGGAGGUAAACUCGCAAGCUUCAUUAACUCGUUGUUCACUUCGGGGAGUCCGAAGAACCCGAAGAAGAAGUCAAUGUCGGAGCAAACGACAUCAACAUGUUCUUCAGCUUCCUCACUUUCUAGAUCAUGUCUAUCGACGACCAAAGCGAAUGUCGGGACGAGGACAAAGAGAUCGGUUCGGUUUUGUCCGGUCAGCGUCAUUCUCGACGAGGAUUCGAGGCCGUGUGGGGAACUUAAAAUCCGCCAUGAAAAUGAACUUCAAGCUUCCAUGAGAAAACCAGUCACGAGCAAAGAGAUUGAGUACCGCUUCAUCGAAGAAAACCGUAGGGUUGCAGAAGCUGCAAGGGAGCUUUUAAACAGCUACCGGAAGCAGAAGAACGAAGAGUUCGAUAUGAGAGAUGCCGCCGACAAAGACGGUGAAGACGAAGCAGCUAGUUACGCAAGCUCGGAUCUGUUCGAACUGGAUAACCUGUCGGCCGUCGGUAAUGAAAGGUAUUUAGAAGAAUUGCCUGUGUAUGAAACAACCCAUUUUGAUACUAAUCGAGCCAUUGCUAAAGGUUUGAUUCUGUAAUAUCUGAACAAUUUGGGGGUUUACAUGAAAAAAAAAUA